ACUUGUGUUUUGCUCUCGCCCUCAAAGUCUACGUCCCCGGCGGUCGCUACGACUACCUGACUUCGUCUGGAAAGCAGCACGUGGAGCGACUGACCUGUGAUUGGACAGACAGGAACACGCUGUCUCACAUCCAGAGGCAGAGCGGCCUCAGCGAUGGAGGUCGGGUGAUCAACAGCGUUCUGGAGGCAGACGUUGCUGUGGCGACCGGAGCGGUGGUGCAGCACUGCCACCUACAGGGUCCUCUGGACGUCCCCUCGGGAUGUUUACUGUCGGGUCUCCAGCCGUCGACAUCACGUUGCAUCAGGCAGCUGAAAAUGACCAAUGACAUCAUCAUCCAGGGACAUCGCAUCGAGCUGGGGGAGUUAAAGCUGGACGUCUACACAGUGUUGGGAGCGCAGGACAACCUGCAGGUCUCCUCUGAUGACAGCGACGCCUCCUUCCUCAACCAGAGAUGGAGCGACUUCUUCAACAGGACAGGAACACAGCCGGAGGAGUUAUGGGUCAGAGGAGCACAGCGCUCCCUCCUGGAGGCUCGUCUCUUCCCGGUGCUCCACCCCAGAGGGGGAGCUGUGGGUCUGGAGGACGGUGUUGGCUGGCUGCUGGGGGGAGGCGGCUGCCUGCAGUGGUGGAGGGAGGCAUGGAGGCUGUCGUUAAAGGAGGUGCUGUCACUCACCCGUCAGGAGGCGGAGCUCCAGUGGAGGGAGGAGCUAAUGUUCCUGGCCGGGAGGCGGAGAGUGUUUGACGCCCUGACGAGUCAGACAGACGUCUGCCUGCUGCCUUACUUCAAGGCAGCGGUGCUGGGCGGCCAGCAGGGGGCGCUCCUGGAGACACUGGACAACAUUGCAGGAGGUUGCAGGGAGCAGGGGGCGGAGCCUGGGACUGAGCUGGGCGUGGCUGCUCGCUGUCUCUCCUGUAUUGCUGAUGUGUUGGUGUGUAUGGCGGGGGGGAGAGGAGGUCUGAGGAGUGGACCUGCUGCUAACGAGGCCUGGAGCCCCGCCUACUCCCUGUUGGAGGAGGGUAACCUGAGGGGUGGAGUCCACGCCCUGGCUAAACAGAGAGUUGAUUGGCUGAGUAGGCCGGACCUGCUGGUUCGUGCAGCGCGGCACUACGAGGGCGCGGGUCAGGUGCUGCUGCGACAGGCUGUGAUGUCAUCACAGAGGUUCAUCUCUAUUGGUCAGGGUGAAAUCCCGCCCCUUGAUGAGUGGAAGGAAGUGGAGUGUCCGGCCAGACUGGACUUGGCAGGCGGGUGGAGUGACACUCCUCCCAUCGCCUUUGAGCACGGCGGCUCUGUGACCAACGCUGCAGUGAGGAUCGAUGGGAAACGCCCCAUCGGUGCCAGAGCCCGUCGCAUUGCAGAGCCCCGCCUCCUGCUGGUCAGCCACACGGCGGGAAGGGAAAGUGAGGUUUCCACGGAAACAGUGUGCGACAGCCUGGAUGACUUGCGGGACUACUGUCAGCCCCACGCCCCCGGAGCCCUACUGAAGGCGGUAUGUGUGUGCAGCGGCCUGGUGUCUCUCACCUCCCAGCAUUCUCUGGGGCAUCAGCUGAUGCAGAGGUGGGGGGGAGGGGUGGAGCUCCACAGCUGGUCGGCGCUGCCCACUGGAUCUGGACUGGGUACUAGCAGUAUCCUGGCGGGGGCGCUGUUCGCUGCUGUCUACAGAUGCACCGGUCGAACCUACGACACGGACUGCCUCAUCCACGCCAUCCUGUACCUGGAGCAGAUUCUCACCACAGGUGGAGGUUGGCAGGAUCAGGUGGGAGGUCUGGUGGGCGGAGUGAAGGUGGGUCGCUCCAGAACGUCUCUGCCCCUGCAGGUAGAGGUGGAACAUCUCAGUCCUCCAGACGACUUCUUGGUUUCUCUGGAGCAGCGCCUCCUGCUAGUGUAUACGGGGAAAACCCGCCUGGCUCGAAACCUGCUGCAGGUUUGUGUUGGUCUGUUCAGUCUGUUCACACGGUUUCAUUUUAGAUCAACAUUGCUUCAUGUUCAGGGAAUAAUGGACGCCACAUUAGCUUCAUCAAACUCAAAUGGCGAAAUCCAAAGGCUGACUUACAAAUAA